AUGCAUUUCGCACAAGCCCUUUCAGUCGCCACCAUGCUGAGCAUGAGCGCGCACUCCCAUCCUUCUUACAAUAUACCUAUGAAUGACAAGGAGCUUCUUCGGAAAGCAAAUUAUCCUGUAGAGAAUCCCACAACACCUCGGACAGAUACUUCUUCUUCUACAACAUCUUCUACCAAGAUUGGCUAUCCUGCAACUAUCAUACCCCCUUCCCACACUAACUCAAACUCCAAUCAUAAUGGUGCCACCGACAAGGCAACUUCCAGCACAACUUACAAGGCCACUUCCCCUGUUAUCUCCAUAAAUACGUCUAAGAUCACAGCCUCGGAUAUUACAAUAGUUACUCGUCAAACUACAUUCGUAACCACCAACUGCACGACCACUUCCAGCACAACUUCCAAGAUCAUUUCCACGGACAAGUCCAAGGCCUCUUCCAAGGCGACCUCUAAGAUCAUCGUUCCCACUUACCAAACUACUGCUACUACCUCCCAGUCCACUUAUAAAAUUAUACCCAGCAGCACGUCCAGCGUCUCUUCCAAAACCAGCUCUAAGACCACUGUGGCUAUUCCCAAAAGCACAUUCCAAACCAGCACUAAGGCCAGCUCCAACACCGACUUUAAAACCACUUCUAAAGCUACUCCUACGACUACUUCAAAGGUCAUUCCCACGACCACUUCCAAGACUACUUCCACAACCACUUCUAAGGCUACCCCUCCUACUACCACUUCUAAGACCACGUCAAAGGUCGUUUCCAUAACCACUUCCAAAGCUAAUCCCACGACCACUUCUAAAGCAACUUCCAAGGCCAGCACUAACACCAGCUCUAAAACUACCUCUAAUACUACUUCUAAGACUACUUCCAAAGCUACUUCUACGACCACUUCAAAGGUCACUUCCAAGACCACUUCUAAAGCCGCCCCUAGUACUACUUCUAAGAUCACUUCCAAGGAAAGCAGCUCCAAAAGCAGCACAACUUCGGCCAAGGCCACUGCCACUGCCACUCCUAAGCUAAGCCUGUCAAACAAGGAAAUAUGUGCAAAGGUGACGAACCAGGAUAAAGACACAUGGGAUAAGAGCAAGGCAACUCAGUACAUGACCGGCUGGUUCCUCGACCGCAAUGGCAAAAUGGAUGAUUGGCUGCAACAAAUGCACAUGAAUGCCACUGCCAAGUCUGGCGUCUCGACUGGUGUUUUGGACUGCACCAUGCUGCAUUCCGAGAAUUGCUCGCCCGUUGGCGACGGUGACUGCGACAACUAUGAUCCCGCAUCCUUUGCCCUUAUCCAGACCCAGGCCGUGAAUCUGUACGGCAUCCUACAGGCGAUGGACAUCGCAAGCAUAAAAAACACUCUGCUGGAGAUGCUCAACCUCGAUAAACUUAUCAGCCAGUUCGUCCCUGACUCGACGCUGCUGGAUCGGAAGAAGAAAUUCUCUCUUGCAUCUUCUAUCAUCGGUCUCUUGGGUGCCAUGCUAGCCUUCAUCGGAACCAUCACUCUCCCGUUUUUCGCCGGCGCAGCCGUCGUCCUCGUAGGGACGCUGACAAAGGGGGCUCUGGCAACAGCCGGGUUCAGCACAACUGUCUCCGUUAUUGGAGGGUCUCUCUUUACGGCCGGUACUGCUAUCUCGGACAACACCAUUGACCCAGAUAAGUUGAAGAUGGGCCUCGAGCAGGAACUGAGCAAUUUCUUCGAGCGAAUCAGCGAGAACAUUGAGGGACUCACGGCCAAGAUCUUUGGUGGCAAGCCGGAGAAAGACGUCAGCAUCAUGGACUUUGUGGCCAACAUCGACAGCUGGUAUGGCCGGUUCAAGGAUGGCGCUCGCGAUUUUACGGCGCUCACGUACCUAUUCCAAGAAAAUUGGUUCGCCAAACAGGAAGACGCUUCCAAAGUCAUCAAGCCCAUGUUUGAGGCAGGCUUCAAAGGCUUCAGGGCUUAUUUGAUCGGCUACAUCUUCAGCGCCCGCCAUCUCUACGUCAUGCACUACACGGACCUUGACGAGAAGAGCUGCAACGACUCCUACCAAGGGGCUUCCAGAUACGUUGACAAGGGCUGCUUCGUCCUCAAAGUCGGCGGCCUGGACGGCAAGCUCAGGCACAAGAAGGUGGCGGACAAGGACGACAACGCGUGGGGGGAGGUCUCCCGGGCCGAGAAGGAGUACAGCGUCGACAUCCCGAACUUCUUCCGCAACGUGCGCGACUGCGACAACAACUCCGAGCAGAUGCAGCAGAAGAAGGAGUACUCGGCGGCGGACAUCGGCAAGAUGGGGCCGUGCUUCUUCCCCGUCGCGUACGUGAAGGCGGACAAGCCGGGCAGCUGGCGCGCGGCCGACCAGGGCUACACGGACGUGCUGAGCUCGCUGUUCGUCGAGUGGCCGAUGCGCGAGGAUGAGGUUGUGGUCAUGGUCGGUGCGAGCUAG